AUCGCGAGUGUUUGUAUUCAUUCCACUACGCGUGAGCGCGACACUCGUGAAUCGAUUGGAUCGAUCGAAAAAUACGCGGCAAAAAAGUAAACUUUUAUUCGGAAUUUGCGUGAACUUUUAACGGUCGCAUUUCAAGGGUUAAUUCGUGAAUCUUAGGGUAAUAGACUGAAACUGAUUAGUGAUUUUCAGUGUGUUCGUUAGAAUGUGAUAAGUACUCGGUGGGUAAACAUUCAACGCCGGCUAUCGUUUUGUUGCGAAAUUUUUAUCUGACGUCACCAUGGCGAUGGACUACUCGUUCGCCAACGCGUCAACCUCCAACGGGUAUUCUGAUGUGGUCAGCGAGCACCUUAAGGGCAUAGGCAGGCUGUUCUACAUCCACUACCCUCAAGAAACUUUGUACGAGAAGAAAGAAGAUGUGCCCAACUUCUUCAGACAGUCAUGGCCGUACUUCUUCUUAUUCAUGAUCCUGGAACACAUCGUGCUUCGGCUAAAGGGCAUGAAAGGGAUCAGACUGAACGACGGCAUCACUAGCAUAUCCCACGGGAUCCUACAGGAGUGCGGAAGGCUAGUAUGGAGAGGAGCUGAGUCGUACCUUUACACGUGGAUAUACGCCAACUUCAGACUGGUGGACCUGCCGUGGAACCACACUUUCACCUGGUACGCGGCGGCCCUCGGGGUUGACUUCUGCUACUACUGGAUGCAUAGAGCUUGUCAUGAGGUACACAUCCUAUGGGCACAGCAUCAAGUGCAUCAUACCUCAGAAGACUUCAACAUGGGGGUGGGGAUCAGGCAGUCGGUUCUACAGGGAUGGUGUGGAUUUAUAUUCUACUUGCCCCUGGCGCUGGCCAUCCCUCCUGCCCAGUUCGUGAUGCACCACCAGUUCAGCUACCUCUACAUGUUCUGGAUCCACACCGAAGCCAUCAAGAGCUUGGGCCCUCUGGAGUACAUCCUCAACACACCCAGCCACCACAGAGUACAUCAUGGCAGCAACAAGUACUGCUUAGACGUGAACUACGGUGGAGUGCUCAUCAUCUGGGACCGGAUCUUCGGUACCUUCAGACCGGAGACAGACAAAGUGGAGAUCGUUUAUGGACUCAUCUAUAACCAGCCUUCGUUUAACCCUCUGUACCUACAGGGCUUCUACACCGGCUACGUGAUCGAGAAGGUGCGUCAGUUCACCACCUUCGGGGACAAGUUCCGAGCAGUGUUCUACGGGCCAAGCUGGGAACCCGGCACUCCUAGACUCGGAGAAGAGGCCCUGAAGGUUGAUAUUCUGCCAAGAGAGAAGUAUGACAUCUACCUUCCGACCUGGUGCAACGUCUAUUUGGUCAUGCAUUAUACCAUCGUCUUGUAUGGAUUCUUCGAGCUGGCCGGAAGAUACAUGGGCAUGACACCAAUAUCGGUCCUGAUCUUCGUAUUCUACAUCAUCUCCUCGCUCACCAUCAUCGGAAUGCUCUUCGACAACUCCAAGUACGCUGCAGUUCUCGAAGUCAUCAGGUGUUCAGCUCUAGCCUUCCUCACCAGGUCUGUGGUAGGCACCAGUCCUUUGGGCACCAGUUUGCAGGUGUUCUAUGUGGUGUCUGCUAUGUUCUGGUGCCUGAACAUCUUGAAGCUGCUGGAGAUUAAAAAAGCGCAGAAGGUGGAGUAGACCAAAGAGGUUCGGGGUUCGCCUUAUUUUAAAAUUGGGAUAGAUAUUUGCAAAUGAAAAGUAAUUUUACCUAUACAGGGUGUUGAUUUCAAUCCUCGCCAUAUUUAUUUAGGUGAUCUAUUAUGACCUAUACGUAUAAACGCAUUAUCCACCAAAAAAAAGUACAAACGAAAGUGGAAUUUUUAGCGAAUAUUUUCCGUGUGAAAUCAGCUGUACUGUGGGCUCGCUAUACUGCAAUAGUUUACACUGCGGCACCAUCGAGCUACGCGGAUUGCUUGCUUAUCAUGUCGGAUAGCCUACUGAAGGAAGCCAUGUAAAGUAGGUAGUGUAAAUAGGUAUUUUUCUUUGAUUAACUAAAAGUUAGUUCGUUUUAAUUUUUUUCGAAGUCAAUUUUUUUACUUUUUCGUGAUCAGAAUAAGCUACUUAAUCAACUCCCUAAAUAGGGCGAGUAUUGAAAUCAACACCCUGUAUAUUAACAAUAGCUGUUGUAGUUUUUCAAUUAAAUCGAUUUUUUUAUUGAUGCUAUGCCUUAAAUCAUGAUUUAGCUCAAAAUAAGGUUAAGACCCCAACUAUAGUUGACUGAUUGGAAUUGACUAGUCGAAUAGUUCCGACGACACGACUGAUGUAAAAGGGCCUUAAGAUUCUUUAGGUAGCUGUUUUAUAUUUUUGUAAUAAAACAUAUAAUAUUUAUAAAAAUACUUGACCAUAUUAUAAGCAAUAGAAUAUUAGUGAUAAUAGUUGUUAAUAAUCCUAAAUAUUGUCUUAUUGUAUUCAUAUAAAUACAAGUAUUGUACUUAUAUUUUUGUAUUCGAAUACCUCAAACUAAAUACAUAACCUCUUAUUCAUAAAUUAAGUAGGUAAAAUGCUUUGUCACUUUCUUUCAAAUGUUAAUUUCAUUGUAAAGAAAAGAGAUAAAAAGUUUUUUUAAGUUAUUUUAUGAAUAAGAGGGUAAAUGUAUGUAUAUCCAGUAUAAAAUAAAGUAGUGUAGAAUAAUAAAUAUUUUAUUAAUAUUAUGUAUUAACUUAAUUUGUAUGCAACUUAAUUUAAAUUGUUAUAUUCUGCCAGCAAUACUUUAAUGUAAUUUAUGCAAUAAUUUAAUGUUAAAAUAGAAUUAUUGAAAUACCAAAUAGUUAUGAAUGAAUUGAACUUAAACACAUAGAAAUAUAUUUAAGUAGCUUUUGCAUUCAUGAAAUACAUUUUAAGGAGAAAUUUUUGAAAGCUGAAUGUUUUUUAUAAAUAAAAGUUAUAAUAAAAAGUUGAUUGCUUUGCAUUUUGAUAUAUUUUGAAUGUUUUAUGCAUAAUUAAUUUAGUUCAUUCAAAGAUACUUAAUAGUUGUUGAAACUGUUUGUAUUUAUUACCGACCAUUUAAAUAACUAGCAA